AUGGAGAAAAAGUUAGAAGUGGACGACAAGGAUUACGCUAUAACAACUUGUCGUUAUGUAUUAAAACCAAUCGGACUUUGGCCAAUGAUUUAUGGACGUGCAUCACUUACUGAAAGAAUUGUAUCAACUAUUUUAGCUGUCAUCAAUUUAUCAGUUGUUUGUUUCGUUUUAAUACCAUUCAGUAUUUACAUACUGUAUUAUGAAAACAACAUUAACAUCAAAUUAAAAUCAUUCGGACCACUUGGUUUUUGUUUAACGUCAACCAUCAAAUAUUGUUACCUUGGAUUUAAAAGAAAAUCAAUUGGUCGUUGUAUAGCUCAUGUUGAAAAUGAUUGGGAAACAAUGAUUGAUCAAAAUAAUCGUACUAUCAUGAAAAAGUAUGCUACAAUUGGUAGAAAUUUGACUAUACUAUGCGCGAUAUUUCUUCACAGUGGUGGAAUGUCAUAUCACACGAUCAUGACACUUUCCAUGACUAAAAAAAUCAAUGAAACUGUCACCAUCAGGCCAUUAACUUAUCCAGGAUACGACAUUUACUUUGAUGUUCAAGCUAGUCCAACUUAUGAGAUUAUUUUUUUUCUACAUUGCAUUUGUGGCAUAGUUAUGCAUAAUAUUACAACUGCUGGAUGCAGUCUUGCUGCUACUUUUGUUACACAUGCUUGUGGUCAAAUACAAAUUGUCAUGUUUAGAUUGAGUGAUCUUAUUGAAGGAAAGGAAAGUGAUGUCGGAUUGAGUGAUCGUAUGGCUAUACUUGUGAGAGAUCAUGUCAGAACUUUAAGGUAAAUUGCAAUCUUAUUUUUUUUUAACAUUGUUCUUGUUUCUUACUGACGAUGUUGAUGAGUGAAAUUUUUAACUGAGGAUUUAAAGUUUACAAAUAUUUUUUAAAUUAUUACU